UCAUGGGAGUAUUUAAGUAACAUCUAAUUUCCUCCCGGAGACAGCUGAUGCAAACGGUAGUACUCAUUCCCAAAUGUUACUUUCUGUGCGGCAAGGUUUAGUAAAAUCAACAAACACCAUCAAGAACAAUCACACAAUUCACAAACCCCACUUCGAAUGCUCUCCUUCACCUUUUUCUUUAUUCUUUACCCAUCUUGAUUCAACCUCAAAAUUCACUGUACUUGUAUGCUCAUCCAAUUGAACUAACACCAAAUCCCAAAGUAUUCAAUAUCUGCUCAUAAUAAAAUGUGGGCAACUUUGAGAAAGGGUGAUGGAGAUUGGUUUUCAGGAAGCUUGAAUAGAGAACUGGGUUUAACUCAACCCAGAAGCUUCAUUCGUCGCCUUUCGGCGUCUCAGGGGCUUGUUCAACAACUUGACUUGUAUGCAAAGUUGGUUGGUCAUGAGGGUUGCGUCAAUACUGUGGAAUUCAAUUCAACUGGCAAGAUGUUGGUGUCAGGUUCAGAUGAUAAACAAGUUAUUUUCUGGGAUUGGGCAUCAAAAAAAAGAACAUUUACAUAUUCGUCUGGGCACUUAGAGAACAUUUUCCAGACCAAGAUAAUGCCGUUUAGUGAUGAUAGGAUUAUAGUCACUUCUGCAGCAGACGGACAGGUGAGGGUUGGUCAAGUCUUAGAGAAUGGGCGUGUUGAUACAAAAAGAUUAGGGAAGCAUCGAGGAGCUGUCUUCAAACUUGCUGUAGAACCUGGAAGUCCUUACAUUCUUUACAGCUGUGGGGAGGAUGGCUUUGUUCAACAUUUUGAUCUGCGAAGCAAUUCUUCCACAAAACUCUUCUCUUGUUGCUCCUUUACAGAAGGUGACGGGUCUGAUUUUUCAAGUAGCGUCCGAUUAAAUGGAAUUGUGACCGAUCCAAGAAAUCCUAAUUAUCUUUCUGUGGGAGGCUCAGAUGAAUAUGUGCGUGUAUAUGACAUGAGAAAAUGUCAUUGGGAUGCAUCCAGUAAUUUGGAUAGACCUGUGAACACCUUUUGUCCUCAUCAUCUGAAAGAGAGUGGGAAUGUUCAUAUCACAGGACUAGCUUACUCAAAUUCAAGUGAGCUGCUUGUAUCGUACAAUGAUGAGCUCAUUUAUUUGUUUCAGAAGAACAUGGGAAUGGGGACAAAUCCAAAGUUACUAUCUGCUGAAGAGCUACAGAAAUUGGAAGAGCCCCAAGUUUUUUCUGGGCAUAGAAAUUCACAAACAGUUAAAGGCGUUAACUUUUUCGGCCCCAAUGAUGAAUAUGUUGUUAGUGGUUCAGAUUGUGGACAUAUCUUUAUAUGGGACAAAAAAGACUCAAAACUUGUACGUUUGAUGGUUGGAGAUAGACAUGUAGUAAAUCAGCUUGAGCAACAUCCAACCAUACCUGUCCUAGCUACUUGUGGUAUAGAAAAGACUGCAAAAAUAUGGUCUCCAGUUUCAAAGAAAGUUCAGCCCCUACCUACUGAUGUAAAAGAGAUUAUGGAGUCGAACCGACAAGGAAGAGAGGAUCAUUCACGGGUGACACUCACUCCUGAUGUGAUAAUGCAUGUAUUACGGCUGCAGAGACGACAAACACUUGCAUAUGUUGAAAGGCGACCAAGGAGAGGUAAUCGUGAGAGUGAGGACGGUGAUGGUGAUGGUGAUGGUGAUGGUGAUGGUGAUGGUGAAGGAGAAGCUUAUAUUUUGAGGUUUUCGGAUAGGGAUGCUGCCACUGAUGGUGACCCUAGGGAAUGCAACAUUAGCUAGUUAGUUUUCACUUUUCAGUUGUUCUGUAAUCUGUAUCCCUGUAUUGUAUUUUGAUGUUUUCCCCUUUCCUUUUCUCUUUCCCUGUGCUGGUCACUACUUACCUGUAAUAUAAUGACUAUGUAGCGCGCUUGUAAUAUAUAAGAGGGGUUGUUUGGGAUCCAAUAUAUAAUAAAUAAAAAGGAAAUAUCGAUAUCUUGAGGGAACAAA